CCCUAUCCUUCACUACCGAACGAGACCGAAGAAGAUUUCUCGCCGGUGGUCGGAGACGAGGGGAAGGAGGAGAACGAAUGUAUGGAGUUCCAUCUCCCGCCUGAGCGAAAACAAUAUUUGUUUAAUGAUAAAUGGACAGUUGAGUCGUUCACAUGUUUGUUGGUAUCGGCACAACCCCAUUUGCCGAUGUUACUUGAAGGCAAUAAGAAAGACGAUUACUCAUUAUUUAGCUUAAGCGCAGAUGGGUUGAGUAUUGAGUUCGGUACAUCUUUUACUACAAUAGAGUUUCAGCAAUUUAGGGGAAGGCAUAGGGUGAUGAGGGAGAUGAUUACAAACUAUGGUAUCAACUAUUAUUGUGAGAGUGGUCUCAUGUGGGGACCAAAAGAAGCAUGGAAAAGGGAUGAACCUAUGAGUCUAGCCUACAAAACUAUGGGAGACCCGAAAUGGGCGAAAUUGCAGAUAAUUUUUGGUGAGGUAGACAAGGAAACAGUCCACCCGGAUGUGCAAAGUGCUUCCAAUCGCGUUACGAAUGUUGAGCAAGAUGUUGAUAUUCUUAAAGGAAAACAACCACUUUUGUAAAUUAUUUAUGUAUUUUUCUUAGUGAUACUCGCUCCAUGAACCUUUGUGAUGUAUUUUAACUGCUUGGGAGACGACAAUGGCUAUGUCAGGAAAAUUGGAUGUUAUGUGUUUGUUAAUGAAAAUUGAAACCCUCGAUGUUGAAUUAUGGUAAUUUAUGGAUGCUUAUACG